AUGGUGGCAUCAAUUGUAGGAAAAGAAAGUAAUGGAAUGGUUAUGAAAUUCACAGUAACCUUUGAUGAGUGUACAUUUGUGGACCUUGUAGAUGAUGAAGGAGUAGAACAUUUGAUUAACUUCAAUGGCGACAAUGGUCAUGUAUAUAUAGGAGAAAAUGGAGAUCAAAAUUCACAACUAACAAGGGAUGUUGUAAUAGAAGAGCAACAUGUGAUGGAAGACUUGUUCGGAGGUUCAGAUACAUUGUCCAUGUCUCCACCUAAUGUGGUUAGUGAAGACCCACUAUUGUUGCUAUGUGGUUCAGAAAUGAUGCCAACCCCAAUUCCGGAAAUGAAUUCAACAAAGUGGAAGGGUUUGGUUAUCGGAGAAGGACAGAUUUUUCCUAAUGCAGUGGCUCUUAGGCAAGCACUGUAUAGGUACAGUAUUGCUGUGAAGUUUUCAUACAAGUUUGUGAAGAACAAUCAACAAAAGAUCAUUGUGAAGUGUAUGGCGGAGGGAUGCCCGUGGUAUAUGGGUGCAUACUCAAUGGGACAAAGACAAGAUUCUGAGUUGUUAAUAAUUAGAACCUUAAGAAGUGAGCAUGUGCAUUAUGCACAGGACAGCUUGGUUGUAUCUCACUCUAGAGGGUCAAACUUAACAUCAUCAAUCAUGAUAGAUUCUUUGAGGUGUAAUAUAGACAAGAAUGCUAAUGAAAUUAGAAGAGAUCUGUAUAGAGAAUAUGGGAUUUGUGAAAGGCUCAUUGAAACUGAUCCAAACACAAGUGCUCGAUGGGAAGGGUUGGAUAGUAACAGAUUUCAGAGGGUGUUCAUUGCUUAUGGAUGCUCAAUUAAUGGAUUUUUAGAAGGGUGUCGACAUAUACUUUAUAUAGACGGCUGUCAUCUAAGUGGUCCUUACAGGGGGACAUUGAUUUCAGCUAAUGCAUAUGAUGUAGACAAUGAACUAUUUCCAUUAGCAUAUGCUAUAGUUAGUGGGGAGACAUAUGAUGAUUGGGCUUGGUUUCUCCAGAACGUCAAAGACAUCACAAGAUCAGUGGAGACAACGAUAGUUUCAGAUCGGAAUAAUGCCAUUAUAGGUGUUGUGCGAACAAUAUUUGGUGGCGAGAGACAUGCUUUUUGUUAUAGGCAUGUGAAAGAAAAUUUUAGUGCACAUUAUUUAAAAAUUAACCGAGGCAGGGGACGAGUUUCAGGUACUUCAAAGGACGUUGCAUUGAAAAUGCUGGAUGGAAUCGCCUAUGCAAGGAUUGAGGAUGAAUAUGUUGCUGCAAUGGGGAAACUUAGAUCAUUCUGUCCACAAUUGGCUGAUUGGGUUGACACUCAAGGAGAUGUAGAUCGGUGGGCUUUAAGCAAGUUCCCGUUUAAACGAUGGGAUAACAUCACCACUAAUGUUGCUGAGUCGUUUAAUGCCUGGAUUUUGAAGGAGAGGAAGCACAAUGUGUCAGUUCUCAUACAUGAGCAUAUGGAGAAAUUAGCCAAGAAGAUGGUUGCAAGCAAAAUGGCAAUGGAAAAUUGGACAAAUGGCGUUGGGCCAAAUAUUGAGUCCAAGUUGCAAGAAAAAGUAGCAAGAGCGGAGAAUAUGCAUACUGUAUAUUAUGGAGAUAACUGA